AUGGGUGUCCAAUUCCCGCUCGAGAAAGCUGGGCAGCUAUCUGUUUUCGCAGUUGCUCUAGUCUUUGCAGUACUGUCUUUGGUUGCCACGGCUCUGCGAUUAUGGAGCCGUCAUAAGCUGGGACGAUCAUUAGAUGCUAGCGACUACUUGAUGAUUGCUUCAUGUGUAACAACAGUUGGUCUAUCGAUAAUCAUCGAGCUCGCUAUAAUCAACGCUGGCUUGGGCUUCCAUGUUUCAGAGAUCAUCGACAGAUUCGGUGUCCAAAGCGGAUCAGAACAGUUCCUGAUUUAUCUCCUAGCCGCUCGAAUAACCACAACUCUAAGCCUCGCCUUGAGCAAACUCUCCAUCCUCGCGUUGUGCUGUCAUUGUGGUCCCUCCACUGAGCUUUGGAUUGUGGCAGGAUCAUUGAAUAUUCUGACAGACCUCAUUGUGCUCAUUAUCCCUAUGCCUUACCUCUUUAAGCUGGAGAUGACAAUGUACAAAAAGGUUACUUUGAUGGUAACGUUUGGUCUCGGGCUGGUCGUCUGUAUCAUAAGUGCCGUCAAAGUCGCCCUCCUACCAUCCGUCGAUACCGGCGACAUCACAUUCUCGAUUCAACACGCCAUGAUCAUGACAGUCCUCGAAUCAUCGCUUGCCGUGGUCCUGGCGUGCAUCCCGGUCUUACGUCCUCUGUUUAGGAGUGCGGUAUCCACGCUUCGGACAAAGAGCGCGUUGGGCAACUACAGUACCGCGGCCAGGAAGAGCCAGAAGCCGAGAACAGGAGGCUUUUCGGUGAUCGAGGAACAACCACUGUCUUCAGCUCCUGCGCCUCUGCCGAGGAGGCCUGAGCUCACCUACUUCAGCGCGGAAGCUGUAAGAGCUAGUUGCAGUGAGAGCAAGGAUGGUGAAGAUGUGGAGAUGGGAGGCAUUACUGUGAAAACCGAGUUCAUUGCAAGGUACAGUCAUGUUAGUGCCCUGUCAUAG